AUGUCUCCUCGAAAACGCCAGCGACCUAACCCUUCUGAGUCGAGCUCCUCUAACCCACCAGCGGCAAUUGCCCCUGCGACAGCAACGUCGGCUACGUCACAGGUCACAGCCGUCUCAGAACCCGUCAACCGGCCAGCGCGAGCGAUGCCUCUGUCGAGGGAUAGGAGCGGCAGCGAAACCAAAAACAUUCCCCAAAACACACAAAAACAGGUCCGCAAAGCCAGAAGUUGGUACGGCUCUUGGCCGCGCACCCCCAAAUCUUCUGCCUCAACGCAACUUGCACGAGAAACGAUAUUCGGAGGCACCCUGAAGCCGUCUAGUACACCUGAUUUCCGACGAUUCGAGUCGAAAAGAAGCAUCGAUUCCGCCAGUUUUGACGGGCCGGCAGACUCGUCGGCGUCACUACCCCAGAUUCCGGAGAACGGGGCAACGACAGGGGAGGACACCACAAUAAGCAACACAGAUAGUGAUACCACGAAGGGGCCGGCAUCGGUUGCGAAUGAUACUGCACAACCAGAGACUCCUGCAAAAGUCGACGAUACAGUGAAGGCUACCGAAGAAUCACAUGUUACACAGCGACCGGUGACGGCAUCGAGUUGGUUUGGCUGGUUAGGACGCUCCCCGGCAACAGAAACGGAGACACAAACCACAGCGCCGGCCGAAGAACCACCCAAAGAGGCAGAACCUCCGAAAGAACCCGAGGUUGAACAGUCACCACCCGAGGAACCAUCAGCAACAGCGGCCCCAGAGCAGCCUGUCGCGACCGUGCCAGCGCCGACGACAUCGUGGUUUGGGUUUUGGUCCUCCAGUACCCCUGCAACCCAGGCACCCACAGCGACCGAUACCGCCAAGCCGGCAGACGACCCCAAGGUAACGAGCACAAUGGCGCCGCCUGCGAAAGAUCCAGAGGACGUGGUGAUGGAGGACGCCCCAGCGCCUAAACAAGAUGCUCCCCCGAAACAACCGUCGGCCGGCUCUACUUGGGCAUUUUGGUCUAGAGAUACACGCCCGAAGACAGAGGGGUCAAAGACACCAACCACUCAACCGGAAUCCGGCGAGUUAGCAGUCAUUGGUCAAGGCUCAGAGGCGCAUCCUGAGCGAACGACUGAGAUGAAUGUAGACCAAAGCCAACAACAUGGUUCUGUCAAGGACGGCAAGAACGGCAAGGCUUCAAAGGAUGCAAAGUCAGUCAAGGGCGCCAAGCCGGGAACCGCAUCGGCGCCGUCAACAUUUGGGAGGAAAUCCAAGAGAGUCCGCCCCCAGUCCAUGGACAUUGAUGUGCAGUCCAGGCCUGAGACGCCUAAUCGACCAGAGUCGGCAGCGUCUUCAAGAGCUUCCAUCACCGAACCCGUCCAGAAAGAGCCGCCUCUAAAACCUGGAACACCAAAGAGUACCACCCAAGAGACUCCAACGAAGUCGACACCAUCAAACCUACUGCUCCCUUCAUUUGGAAGCACAUAUCGCAUGAAGGAUAACCCAUCCAUCAUCAAACAAAUCACCUCGCUACUACUGCGAAACCAACAGCCUCCCGCCAAUCAUGUUUACAGAGUAAAGGAGACACCAAAAGUUCGGAAAGCACUAGCCAUCGGAGUCCAUGGUCUGUUUCCAGCCUCAUAUCUUCGCCCGAUGGUUGGUCAACCCACGGGAACGUCGCUGCGUUUUGCAAGUCUAUGCGCCGAAGCGAUCGGGCGAUGGGCAGACGCCCACGGCUGUUCCGAUUGUGAGAUUGAAAAGAUUGCACUGGAAGGCGAGGGUCGGAUUGGAGACAGGGUGGACAACCUUUGGAAGCUCCUUCUUAACUGGAUUGAGCAGAUCCGAAACGCAGAUCUUAUCAUACUGGCGUGCCACUCGCAAGGUGUGCCAGUUGGCGUGAUGUUGCUGGCAAAGCUGAUCGAUCUGGGUAUCAUCACUAACGCGAAGAUCGGAGUCUGUGCCAUGGCCGGAGUUUCACUCGGGCCAUUCCCUGACUACAAGUCCAGCAUGGGCAUUCUGAUGGGGUCUGCUAACGAGCUAUGGGAAUUCUCUAAUCCUGACAGCGAUAUUUCGAAGAGAUACGAGAAUGCUCUCAAGGAGGUUCUCCACUACGGCGUCAGAAUCACAUACAUCGGCAGCAUCGACGACCAACUGGUCCCUAUGGAAUCUGCAAUCUAUUCCCCUGCCUCUCACCCUUACAUUUACCGCGCCGUUUUUAUUGAUGGCCGAAUCCACGCUCCCGACUUCAUCGCCCAUCUAGUCGGCUUCGCCCUCAAGCUCCGCAACCUGGGCGUCUCCGAUCACGGCCUCGUACGAGAACUCUCCACCCCGCUCGCGGGCAGCCUUUACUCGGGAGAAGGUCACUCCCGACUUUACUACGACGACCAAGUCUACGACCUCGCCGUCACUCACGCUCUUGAGACCGCCGACGUUAAGCCUAACAUCCCUGCCGUUGUUGCCCACCGCCGCGACGUAGCCUCCUCCCUCGCGAACCCGAACCCGUAUCAUCUACCAUGGAUCAUGAGGGGACUGCUCGAGGAGGACUAUGUUCGUACCGAGCUUUCGUCCGAGACGGAAGAGCUACUCCGCCAGUUUGACGACUGGAAGCCUAUCACAAAGGCAUUGAAGGAUGUGAAGUACCGGCUUGAGGCUAUCAGAUCAAAGCUUUGA